UUCGAAAUCAACGAAGCAUCCUUGUAGCUGCAUCAGAGAUCUGGCUACAAAGUGAGUCAUCUCCAGGUAACGCUAUAAAAGCUCACUGGUUGGACCAUACUGAUGCGAGCAUGCAAGGUUGGAAGAACGCGGACGCGCCUGUCUCGGCGAAAAUUGACGACGUACUCAGUGAUUGAUAAUCGGUAGACUGAAGAGGUGAGGACAUACGUGCUGUGGAAUGAGUCGACGAUGGUAUAAAAGUAACAAUAUCUCGUGGAUUUGUUUGACAUAUAACGCUACGCUUCUAUCCAUCCAUCCACCAGAAACCACGGUUAGACUACUAUACCAGAUUCCGCAAGCGUUCUUCACAAUUCUGUGACGCCGGUCUCUCUGUCUACCACUUCCAUAAAGAUUCUCACACAGGUCACAUCUCCCACGAUGUCCCCACCAUCGCUCACAAAUAUGAGCACACGCUCUUCAAACGACGUCGUUUCGCUCAAGUCAAUAUCAAUAAGUGCGUCCAAGACGUCGCUCUUUCGAUCCCUCUUCCCAUCAAAGCAACCGAAAAAGCCAGCUGAGGAGAAGAGUGCAGAGACGCCGGCUAUGAAGAGUGAGAGGAGGCUUGUCGAGGCAGAGGCUAGGCAUGCUUAUGCUGUUUAUCGGUAGC